UUGAGGAGUUCUUCCUCUUUCUUGUCCUCCCUGUGAGUCCAGCUGUCUCCUUGUUGCAGCUUCUUCUUCUUCGGCCCUCUACAAUGGAGAGAGGGCAAAUGUUGCCUGUGUGCCUUCUGAGCCUGUGCUGCAGCCUGUGUGUGGUUGCAGCCAUCCAGAGGGUCCAAAUGUUCCCCUAUGGCAUGUUAAGUGGAGAUUCACUUUUGGAAGAGGGAGAUGAUGAAACCUCCAAAGUCUUAUCUCUGCCUAAACCCUUCUACUUCUACGACACCCCCUUCUCUCAGCUUUAUGUGGCCACAAACGGGAUCAUAUCAGCUCAGGACUUGCCAAUGGAGAAGCAGUAUGUGGAUGAUGGCUUCCCCACGGACUUUCCGGUGGUGGCGCCGUUUCUGGCUGAUAUGGACACCAGUGGAGGACGAGGACAGAUUUAUUACAGAGUGACGGAGACGCCCAGCGUGCUCAACAGAGUGGCCCAGGAAGUCCACCAAGGGUUCCCGGACGCCAAAUUCACACCCACCCACGCUGUGGUGGCAACGUGGGAGAAUGUGGCUGCAUAUGAGGAGCCAACUCGAACCAGUGGGGAGGCGUCGAACAAGGUCAACACCUUCCAGGCUGUGAUUGGUUACGACGAAAUCAACUCGUACGUUCUCUUCCUCUACCCUGAGGGUGGCCUGAACUUCUUUGGGACCAGACCCAAGGAGUCGUAUAACGUGGAGAUAGAGCUUGCUGCUCGUGUCGGAUUCAGCAGAGGAGAAAUCACCUAUCUCAUUUUUUCCCGAACUGAGGGACCUCACUACAGUGUGACCAGCAAUGAGCAGAGUAUCAAACAUCUUGACCAGGUUGGUAACACUGGUAUUCCAGGCGUUUGGCUUUUCCACACUGGGAACCGCUAUUCUUUUGACAACAUUGUCCCUGCAUCUGUUGGUGGUCUUCUUGCGACGCCUUCCCCAAGAAAACAUGACCAACCUCUGGGCGCCACUACCCCCGAGUACAAAGACUUUGAAGAGUACACAGACAACAGCAACUUUGACUCUGCUCAUCAAGAGCAGGACAGUGAUUUCCCUCAGACAGCUGAAGAUAAGGAAUUCCAGCCAGUGCUCGCUGGUGAAUCCCUCCAGCCGGGAAGCUCUGACCUUCCUUUGUCAGCAUCUGUGGCGUCCCAUGGCAUUGAAGAUUUACCUUUGACCUUUGAACCCAGGCAGGGUUCAGAGGUGGUGGGGAGGCAGUAUGCACCGCUUCCUCCACAAGAGGCCAUCCCAGAUGGAGGUGCUCACUGGUCCCAGGAGGAGCAACCACAGGUUCCUGUGGAGGUGGGAGAUUUUCAUCCCCCUCACAGAAAUGAGCCACCCCUGUCCCGUGGAGGUCAUGUGGUCAGUGUGGAGGAAGAUGUUGCGUUUGACACAGGAGUGAUUCAGUACACCACUGAGAAUAAGGAAACGUGUGCGAGGUUCCAGCAGCAGUGCUCUCAGAAUGCAUUUUGCUCUGACUAUGCUACGGGCUUCUGUUGUCACUGUCAAGCCGGCUUUUAUGGAAAUGGCCGUCACUGCCUGCCGGAGGCGGCCCCCCAGCGUGUCAGUGGAAAGCUCAGUGGAACAGUGACCGUGGGUUUGACUCCUGUGGAGCUGAACAACAUCGAUCUGCAUGCUUAUAUUGUGGUUGGAGAUGGAAGGGCUUACACAGCUGUCAGUGAGAUCCCUGAGCCAGUGGGUUGGGCCUUAAUGCCGGCUGCACCAAUUGGAGAAGUGUUUGGAUGGCUGUUUGCUCUGGAGCUGCCCAACAGCCAAGCAGGAUUCAAAACAACAGGGGCUGAGUUCACUCGUCACGCCGAGCUGUUUUUUUACCCUGGCAACCAGCGCCUGUCAAUCACUCAGAUAGGACGAGGCCUCGACGACCACAACCACUUCACUGUGGACACUGUGCUUAGCGGCAGUGUACCUUUCCUACCUCCUGCUUCUGAAGUGACCAUGGAUCCCUUUAAGGAAAUAUACCAUUACUACCCAUCAGUUGCCACGUCCAGCUCCGUGAGGGCGUUUACCGUGGUCUCACCGGACCGGGGAUCCGAAUCCUUCUCGUUCCAGCUGAAACAGAACAUCACCUACCGUGACUGUCGACACGGCAACCGCGCUCCGCCUGUGGAGACACUGCAGAUCACCAUGGAGAGAUUGUUUCUGAUGUAUGUGAAGGAGGAGCGGAUCUUAAGAUACGCCAUCACCAACAAGAUCAGCCCAGUUGGAGCGGGGUCAACAGGACCAGAGCUGGUUAACCCCUGCUAUGAUGGAAGCCACGACUGCGACACGACUGCCCAGUGCAUCCCGCUGGAGGACAAGGCUUUCCAGUGCCGAUGUGGAACUGGUUACAGAGGGGAUGGACACAACUGUUACGAUGUCGAUGAGUGUGCAGAAGGCCUGCCAGCAUGUGGUGCUCAUUCGCAAUGCAUCAACUUACCUGGUAGCCAUCGCUGCCAGUGCCGGAGCGGCUAUGAAUUUGGCUUUGACGGACGUACAUGUGUGGACACAGAUGAGUGCAGCUCCUCCCCAUGCCACAUUAAUGCGAGAUGCACCAACAGCUUGGGCUCCUUCCACUGUCAGUGCCAGAACGGAUUUUAUGGAGAUGGUUUCCUCUGCUCCCAACGAGGGCAGACAGAUGGUACUAAGAGCCAGUGUGAGCAGCACAGAGACAGUCUACAGAGUGAUCCGGAGCAAGGUGGUCAGCCACCUGUUGGGGUUUUUAUCCCUCAGUGUGACUCUGAUGGACAAUACAGACCACUGCAGUGUCAUGGUUCUACUGGGCAUUGUUGGUGUGUGGACAGUCAGGGACAAGAAAGACCCAGAACCAGAACUACGCCUGGUGCACCACCCACAGACUGUGACAAACCAGAGCAUCCUAAAAGCCACUGUGAGCAGCACAGAGACAGUGUACAGACCACCAGUCCAGAGGGUUAUCCACUAGUGGGAGCCUUUGUACCUCAGUGUGAUUCCAAUGGGCAUUACACACCUCUACAGUGUCACAGCUCGAUUGGGCAUUGUUGGUGUGUGGACAGCCAAGGACAGGAAAGACCUGGAACCAGAACUCCACCUGGUACACCACCUACUGACUGUAACAACCCAGAAGGACCGGAUCGUCUUAAAAGCCAUUGUGAGCAGCACAGAGACAGCGUACAGACGACCAGUCCAGAGGGUUAUCCACUACUGGGAGCCUUUGUACCUCAGUGUGAUGCUAACGGGCAGUACACUCCUCAACAGUGUCACGGUUCUAGUGGACAUUGUUGGUGUGUGGACAACAAAGGGCAAGAAAGACGUGGUACCAGAACGCCUCCUGGUGCAACACCCAUCGACUGUAACAAACCAGAACGUCCUAAAAGCCACUGUGAGUUGCACAGAGACAGUAUACAGACCACCAGUCUCGAGGGUUAUCCACUAGUGGGAGCAUUUGUACCUCAGUGUGAUUCUGAUGGACACUACACUCGUCAACAGUGCCACGAUUCUACUGGGCAUUGUUGGUGUGUGGACAGUCUAGGAAAAGAAACACCUGGUACUAGAACUGCUCCUGGUGCAACACCCAUCGACUGUGACAAACCAGAACGUCCUAAAAGCCACUGUGAGCAGCACAGAGACAGUAUACAGGCAACGGGUCCAGAUGGUUAUCCACUAGUGGGAGCCUUUAUACCUCAGUGUGAUGCUAACGGACAGUACACUCCUCAACAGUGUCACGGUUCUAGUGGACAUUGUUGGUGUGUGGACAGCCAAGGACAAGAGAGAUCUGGAACUAGAACUCCCCCACGUGCAACACCCAUUGACUGUGAAAAAUCAGAACGUCUUAAAAGCCAAUGUGAGUUGCACAGAGACAGUAUACAGACCACCAGUCUAGAGGGUUAUCCACUAGUGGGAGCAUUUGUACCUCAGUGUGAUUCUGAUGGACACUACACUCGUCAACAGUGCCACGGUUCUACUGGGCAUUGUUGGUGUGUGGACAGCCAAGGAAAAGAAACACCUGGUACUAGAACUGCUCCUGGUGCAACACCCAUCGACUGUGACAGACCAGAACGUCCUAAAAGCCACUGUGAGCAGCACAGAGACAGUAUACAGGCAACGGGUUCAGAUGGUUAUCCAGUAGUGGGAGCCUUUAUACCUCAGUGUGAUGCUAACGGACAGUACACUCCUCAACAGUGUCAGGGUUCUACUGGACAUUGUUGGUGUGUCGACAGCCAAGGACAAGAAAGACCUGGUACUAGAACUCCUCCUGGUGCAACACCCAUUGAUUGUGACAAACCAGAACGUCCUAAAAGCCACUGUGAGGUGCACAGAGACAGUAUACAGACAACGAGUCCAGAGGGUUAUCCACUAGUGGGAGCCUUUGUAUCUCAGUGUGAUGCUAACGGGCAGUACACUCCUCAACAGUGUCACGGUUCUAGUGGACAUUGUUGGUGUGUGGACAGCCAAGGACAAGAAAGAUCUGGAACUAGAACUCCUCCAGGUGCAACACCCAUUGAUUGUGACAAACCAGAACGUCCUAAAAGCCACUGUGAGCAGCACAGAGACAGUAUACAGACAACGGGUCCAGAGGGUUAUCCACUAGUGGGAGCCUUUGUACCUCAGUGUGAUGCUGAUGGACACUACACUCGUCAACAGUGUCACGGUUCUACUGGGCAUUGUUGGUGUGUGGACAGCCAAGGACAAGAAAGACCUGGUACUAGAACUCCUCCUGGUGCAACAUCCAUUGAUUGUGACAAACCAGAACGUCCUAAAAGCCACUGCGAAUUGCACAGAGACAGUAUACAUAUCACCAGUCCAGAAGGUUAUCCACUAGUGGGAGCCUUUAUACCUCAGUGUGAUGCUAAUGGGCAGUACACUCCUCAACAGUGUCACGGUUCAAGUGGUCAUUGUUGGUGUGUGGACAGCGAAGGACAAGAAAGACCUGGUACUAGAACUUCUCCAAGCGCAACACCCAUCGACUGUGACAAACCAGAACAUCCCAAAAGCCACUGUGAGCAGCAUAGAGACAGUGUACAGACCACCAGUCCAGGAGGUUAUCCUAUAUUGGGAGCCUUCGUACCUCAGUGUGAUGCUAAUGGACAGUACACACCUCAACAGUGUCAUGGUUCAAGUGGACAUUGUUGGUGUGUGGACAGUCAAGGACAGGAAAGACCUGGAACCAGAACUCCUCCUGGUGCAACACCCAUUGACUGUGAUAACUCAGAACGCCCUAAAAGCCACUGUGAGCACCACAGAGACCAUGUACAGACUACCAGUCCCGAAGGUUAUCCUCUAGUGGGAGCCUUCGUACCUCAGUGUGAUAGUAAUGGACAGUACACACCUCAACAAUGUCAAGGCUCUACAGGACAUUGUUGGUGUGUGGACAGCCAAGGUCAGGAAAGACCUGGAACCAGAACUCCACCUAGUACCACACCCAUCGACUGUGAGAGACAGGAUGAACGUCCUAAAGCCCUUUGUGAAAACCACAGAGAAAGUGUACAGACCACCAGUCCCGAGGGCUUUCCUCUCAUUGGAGCCUUUGUACCUCAAUGUGAUGCUAACGGACAGUACACACCACAACAGUGCCAUGGUUCCAUUGGACAAUGUUGGUGUGUGGACAGCAACGGUCAAGAGAGAGCAGGAACAAGAACUCCACCUGGUGUUUCUCCUAUAGACUGUGACGGUCCUAUUCACGUGACUCCGACCGGGCGUCCCGAGAGUGUGUGCGAACGCUGGAGGAUCAGUUUAAUGGAGCAUUACGGUGGGAAGCCAGAGCCGCAACAGUACUUGCCCCAGUGUGAGCCAGAUGGACAGUUCAGUCCAAUCCAGUGCUAUGGGGAGACCACCUACUGCUGGUGUGUGGACCAGGAUGGGCGAGAAGUUCCGGGCACCAGGUCAAAUGAUGUCGUUAAGCCUGCAUGCCUUCCCUCAGUGGCCCCGCCAACCGUACACCCAUUACCCCGCCUGGAUGUGACUCCUCCCUCUAACACUGAUAUCACACUGCUGUACGCACAGGGACAGAAAAUAGGAGCACUUCCUCUCAACGGGACCAGACUAGAUACAAGCCGCUCCAAAACACUACUGACUCUACAUGGCUCCAUAGUUGUUGGUCUAUCUUAUGACUGCAGACAGAACCAAGUGUAUUGGACUGAUUUGUCGGCACGGACCAUUAAUAGAGCAUUAAUGGUGCCAGGAGCUGAGCCAGAGAUACUCAUUAACUCGAAUCUGGUCAGUCCAGAGGGUUUAGCUGUGGAUGUCAAUCGAAGGCUGAUGUUCUGGGUGGACUCCAACCCUGACCUGAUUGAAAGGUCCAACUUGGACGGCAGCGAUAGAAGGACGCUUUUUGACAAAGACUUGGUCAACCCCCGGGCCAUCAUCGUGGUCUCAUCCACAGGUUCUCUGUACUGGACAGACUGGAAUCGAGAGGCUCCCAAGAUUGAGAGCGCAUCAGUGGAUGGACAGAACCGCCGGGUGGUGGUUUCUGAGGGUAUUGGUUUGCCGAAUGCAUUGACUUACGAUUAUUCUUCUGGGCACAUCUGCUGGGCCGAUGCAGGUACUAAGCGGUUAGAGUGUAUAUUCCCAGAUGGUUCAGGGCGAAGAGUAGUAAACCCCAGCCUCAACUACCCAUUUAGCAUGGUGUACCACAGAAACCACUUCUACUACACUGACUGGAGGAGGGACGGUGUAAUCACAGUCAGCAAAGACAGCGGUACGCUCACUGAUGAAUAUUUGCCAGAGCAGAGGUCUCACCUGUAUGGCAUCGCCAUAGCAACAUCCCACUGUCUAUCAGGGAAUCAUUAACAGCAGAACAGCAGCCACAUGGUCCUUUGGUGCUGAAAUUCUGGGGCCAUUUUUGAGCCGAGGGUGUGAUGAGCCCUCCUGGUGUCCCUCAGAGGAAAAGGAUGCUCCCAAAGGGACAUGGCUUCCUGUGGAUCAGCUCUCCGCCAUCCCUCCAAAAUAUAACCACACAUUAAAUGUUUUGUACAUUUGUUUUGUACCUCAUUUCCAUUUUUUUCCCUACUGUUUUUUGUUUUUUAAUAUGCAAGUUUGUUUUUUUUAGCCACCAGCGCAGAAGAGUUAUAUCACAUGUUUUAAAUUUGAAUUGUGUGUUUUAAGCAACAUAUCUGUAAAACGUUUGCACCAAACUUGGCUGUGCAGCAGUUGAUAAGCUCAAUUUAGAUUAGCAUGAAGACAGGAAGCAGGUGGAAACAACCAUGCAAACUGAGGAAUGUAAUCAGAUUACAAUCAUUGAGGCUUCCCUCCACUGUGUCAGAAUGCAGCAGCUCCAUUUAUGCCACCAUUUCCCUGCACCACUAAUAAUGCCCCAACCCCCCCGCCUUCUGAUUUUUUUUCUCUUUAUAAGAUGUGAUAUUUAUAACAUUAAAAUGUGUUUUGGUACUGGA